GCGUCACAGACGGAAGGCCGUGAGCUCUCGCGCUCUUCCGGGUGCGCGUUGAGGCGCGUGGGGAAGGGCUGGUGGCUGCCGUGCCAUUCUUUUGAAUGAAAUGGAGCCCUUACAGGUGGAUUCCAGAAUAUUGUCUCUGGCUGCCCAGGUUACUGAAAGCCCUGAUCAGGAUGUUCCUGUGUUGCUGCUGAAGAUAAAAGAUGUUUUAACUAGUGCACCUCCUGGAAGUAACGAAGCACAGAAAAUCAAACAAGAUUUACACUAUUAUGACUUGAUUCAAUAUUGCAUAUUGGUCCUUAAGCAAGACUAUACUAGGGUGCUUGGAGGUUGGGUUACUGCUGCCCAAAUCGCAGAGAUACUAAGCCUGUGUUGUGUGGGCCUGGAGGUGAAAGAGGAACCUGAAGAGUUUUACAGUAAACUACUUCCUUCUGCUGUGGACAACCUCUUCUUCUUGGGAAGACGCCUUCAAGUACGAUGUAUCCGAGCAAUCAAGGAUGAAGACAGAAGGGAAUUUUUGCACUGCUUCAGAACAGUAAUGGAUGCCAUCUGCUGGCUUUGUGGGGAACAUAUUCAACUAGCGGACAAAGUGCUUCAGAAUGUACAUUUCCUGCAAUUGCUAACGACGGAUGAUGUUGAGACUUCAACUAGAAUGAUGUCUGUGUUUCAAAAUAUUUUACGGAUUAACAAAGAUGUGUUACUUCAGGUGGCUGAAAAGACCCUACACUGCAUUCUAGAUGAGCUUGUUUAUAAGCUUUCAUCUACCAUCAAUCCUGUAGUAGGAAGCACAGCUAUAAAACUGUUGCUGUCAGUUGCAGAAUCUGAUCCUAAACUUGUGACUACAUUGACCACCCGCUACAAAGGACUAGAAACUCUUCUAAGCAAGCAGUGGGCUGGCAAAGGAUUUGACAGAACACUCAAUCAACUUUUGGAUCUGCUGUGCUUGGAAAACGACAAGGCUGACAAGACACAGAGGUUACACCAGGCAGCUUGUUUAAUCCAGGCUGCAUGGAGAGGAUUUCAAACCCGAAAAAGAUUAAAGCAGCUUCCAAAAGCUGUAACUACCUUGCAAAAGAAUUUCAGAGCUAAACGAGAACAGGAGAUGAAGCAUUUAAGAAAGUUAAAGGAAGAGGAGAGCCUCCAUCAGCAGUUGAAGCUUCAGAGGCAGAGAGCCAUGAGGAUAUUUCAUGAACGCCAGCUUACUCUACUGGAAAUUGUCCAUCCAGGUCAGAUAGAUAAGCAUAUGCAUGAAAUGGAAGACAAAUCAGCUCUAACUAUUCAAAGACAUUGGAGAGCAUUCAGGGCACGGAGACAUUUUCUUCAGCAAAAACAAUCUCUUAAGCAACACAAGGCUGCUUUCAUCAUUCAGAAAGCGGUGCUUAAAUUCUUGGAAAAGCGAAGGAAGAGAAAAACCUAUUCUCUUUGCAAACCACCUAAGGCCCUCUCAGAUGAACAAAGGUUAUUGUUGGAUAAAAAAGUAAAGGACUACAUCAAACUACACCCGGCUUCAGAGAUGUCAGAAGAAAUGAGCAGGGAGCUUCAUCAGCAAGCCCAGAAAAAGCUGGGCCAGUACUUGAUGAAGAGAAGCAUGGAUCAGAAGGCUCAGCAGCACAGAGAGGCUUUGCUAGCCCAAGUCCACGCAUAUGUGGAUCAGCUGAUGAGUGCUCCAAGUCUAGCAGAUGUUACAAUGAAAGAUCUGGAUCUCUAUGUGAGUAGAUCAGUUCCUGUGAUAGCCAGAGCCAAACAGUGCCACUACACCAUGUUGAAACGCACACAGUGGCCUUGGUGGAAAAAAAUUGGAGAAGAAUUCUUAGAUGAAGAAGGAGUCUCUGAAGAUCUUCUGUGUGCUGAAGUAGGAACUCUGUUCAUUGGUGGAAGUAAAUCGUAAGACAAUUUGGAGAAGAGAAACUUGCUAAAUUCUGUGUGAUUUGACACAGAGCCUUGAGUGGGGGGAAGGUACCAGACUUGUCCAGCAAGCCAAAAAGAUGAUGUAGUUUUCCUUGCAGCUUUUUUUUUAGGGGUGGGGGGAAUCACCUAUCUGAAUUGGGGUAAGAAUUCUGUAUUAUAGCACUGAAUUCUGAUACAAGAAAGUUUUUAUGCAAUCCUAAUGACUUACAAGAACUAGCUUUGUCAAGAAAUUUUCAGUAUAAUUGUAACAGAAGGGUUUGUAGAAUGUCAGCAGGGCUUGGAUGGUGAGAAGGAAGGAAGGAAGGAAGGAGAGGCAGGGUAGUUGUAGGCAUCUGCAUGGGAAUGGACUCUUAAGGGAAGUGAGACAAAAAAGGGACAGUGGGAUACGAAACUUAAAUCUCCCAAUUCAGAAUAUCAUCCUGGAUUCAUUCAUAUUUUGAUCUUGAGCAUUUAAAGUAUACUUGGAAUUUUUGACCAUUUUAAUGUAAUUUUACUAAUUUUUUGUGAACUGCCUUAAGUAUCCAUUUUGGGUAAAAAGGCAGUAAUAGAAAUAAAUAAAUAGUGAAGCUUUUUUA